UAAAAACAAAAAAGAAAGAAAAUUAAUCAAAAACCAAAACAAACGGAACGGAGUUUACUUACUUUUGUUUGGUUCCACUGUUUUGGAUUUUUUGCUCUAAAAAUCAUUUCAAUUUUUAUGUUUUUUGUGUAAUAAUUCAACAUAAUCUGAUUGGGCUGGGGUCCUCUCCUCCUCAAUUCUAUUCUAUUUUACCUUGAUUGAAAGAUUUUAUUAAAGCCCACAAUCAAAUGCUUCUUUUUUCUAUAAGAAUUUCUUUUGAUUAUUUUAAAUUUCUUUUUUGUGUGUAGCUAUAGUAUAUAAUAGUGUCUCUACGGGUGUCCCAGUGGCAUUUUUUUUGCAUGUUCACAUUUUUUGAGCAGACAGACAAAGAUGGGAUUCGGUGACCAACCGGAACCGAUUCUUUUCGUCUUCCUUGUCAAGAUUUCUUCUCAAAAUUCCAUUUUUCCCUUAUGAUAUUCUCACAUUUUUCCAUGCAGCCUUCUCUACCCUAUCUUCUUCUCAUCUUAUUAUACAUUACCAGUGGAGCAUUUUGGGAGUGAGUUGGAUUUUUCUUCUCUUUAAAUUAACAGCUCUUAAAAAGACAACCCCAGAAAGCUUUUACCCUUCUCUCUCUUUCUCUCUCUUCAAAUUCUUAAAAGGACCAAUAUUUACUGAGUAUUGGAGAGCUAAAGCAAAAUGGCUUGAAGAAGGAAGCUCCAUCCAGGAAGACCAUAUGAGAUGUGGGUUUUCUCUUUAACUCUCUUAUUACCUUGUUCCUUGGAUGCUUUCAUGGAUGACACAAGGCCUACCCACAACAUCUCUACUCUGCUUUUGUUUCUAUUGUUACUUUUUCUUCACCAGCCAACUCUGCGUUGCCAAGAGAGUAGUGGUACCAGCAGAACCAACAAAAUCUCCUCUGAGCCUCCAUCACCUUCUUCUAGUUCCAGACCCUCUCACUUCCAAAACGGCGUUCGCAGAGUCAUUCUGAGCAUUGCUUUAGGUGUUUUGACCGGAGUUGGGGGAGCCCUUGUCGUUGCUUUCAUGGUCGGUUGCUUUGUCAGGUACAAUAACAGAACCCCAAUUCUCAAAGGCCCAGUAAUAUUCUCUCCCAAAAUCGACCCCAAAACGCUGCAAUCGGCUUUGUCGAGCGAAAAUCAGCUACUGGGGUCAAGCUCGACUGGUAAGUACUACAGGACCGUGCUAGACAAUGGGCUCACUAUAGCAGUCAAGAGGCUCGAACCCUUUUCUGAGAACGGCUCACUGGAGGGUAAAGGCAAGUCUAAGUCAAUGAAGAGACUCAUACAGCAGGAGCUGGAAGUUCUUGCUAGCCUCAGAGACAGGAAUUUGAUGAGUUUAAGAGCUUAUGUUCGUGAUAAAGAUAGGUUCUAUUUGGUUUAUGAUUAUAUGCAGAGUGGGAGCUUGGAAGAUGCUAUGAGUAGAGUUAGGGAGAAUGAAUUGCAGCUUGGCUGGGAUUUUCGUCUUCGAAUUGCUGUUGGUGUGAUUAAAGGGCUUCAGUAUCUUCACUCGGCUGUUCCUCAGAUUCUCCACUACAAUUUAAAACCUACAAAUGUCUUGUUGGAUGCACAGUUUGAGCCCAGGUUGGCUGAUUGUGCCUUGGUUAAGCUUACUCCCCAUAUUGAUCGCCCAACUUCUGGUUAUAGUGCUCCAGAGUGUUUUCAAAAUGGCAGGUAUACAGAUAAAAGUGAUAUUUUCAGCUUUGGGAUGAUAUUGGCAGUUCUGUUAACUGGUAGAAACCCAACCGAGCCGUUCUUCGGGGAAGCAUCUAAUGGGGGUAGUUUGGGGCAGUGGUUGCGGCACUUGCAGCAAGCAGGAGAGGCAAGAGAAGCUUUGGAUAAGAGUAUUGUAGGUGAAGUAGGAGAAGAAGGUGAGGAAGAUGAGAUGUUAAUGGCAGUGAGAAUAGCUGUUGUAUGCCUUUCAGAUGUGCCUGCUGAGAGACCUUCAAGUGAUGAACUUGUUCAUAUGCUAACCCAAUUGCACAGUUUUUAAUGAACAUAUUGAUUUGUCAUGGAGGUAUCAACGGUUGAUGAUUAACCAAAAUCCUGACUUCCAACUAACUGAAAAUGUCUUUGCAUGUGGAGCCUUAUUUUCCAUACCAAAUAACUUGAUACUCUUUUUAUUCUUUACAAAUAUUCCAUGUAGUAUACAAACUACACUUUCCACUAUUUGAAUCACUUCGGAGUAUACCCUUUAUUUAUUGCAGUUGUUAAUGUAUAUAAUCUCUUUGCUAAUGAUUUGAAAGGAUUAGUACUUAACAACCCUAAUUAUGACACACAUGUUCUGGAAGAUAGGGAAUGAAAUAACAUUUAUUUAUGUA